UCCCGCCUCACUCCUGAAGGUCAAGCUACAGCACAAAGCGACGCCAGAAGGAUUAGUGACACACACGAGUUUUCUAAACACUUUCAUCUACCACACGUGUUGUAUGUACUACACCCAGACUCAGUGUAUCAGGGCAGAUACAGUGUAGUGUGUGCCGCUGUACUCGUGGCUGAAUCAGUGUACAGUGGUGGAAACGUGUUCCUGCACCCUUUGUGGUUACCCAAGAGAUACAGUGUUGUAUGUGGCCCUCGCUGUACUAGUGGCAAACUCUGUGUAUCAGGACAGAUACAGGCAGCAGUGUUGGCAAUAAUGAAGGAAGAUAAAUACGUAAAUGAACAGAAGUUCUUAAAUCCCCGGUACAGUGUAUUGUGUAGGUGUUCCUACUCCCCGGCAGUGUACUACAGUGAACAAAAACAAUAACUGGCAACUGUCACCGUCUAGUAACGUAAAGUGACUAUAACUAACUGAACCAUUAAAAUCUGCUUAAACAACAGUUGUGGCGGCUUACGUCGUCACAUCACAUCAAGUUACGUCGUAUGUGUGUCUCCUGGUCUGUAUACACAGUGGGGGUACUCCCUGACAUUGUGAGGCCCUUCCUAACAUUGUGAGGAUCUCCCUGGCACUGUGAGGCACUUCCAGACACUUUGUGGCACUCCCUAAUACUAUAAGGCACUCCCUGAACUUGUGAGGAUCUCCCUGACACUGUGAGGCACUUCUUGAAACACUGUAAUACUAAGUUUCACAUUUGGUAACUGAAACGCUUGUACAGGUGUUCCGAGCCACAGGUGUCCCAACAUACUGUAUGACCUGAGCUAAGUGAUCAUCUGUUAUGAGCUUGUGUAUUAAUGAAGUGACUUACAACACUUAUAAGAGGAGAAGAAAACAAUGAUCUAUAUGUGCACAAUAAAUAAAACAAGAAAAUAAGUGAAAAAAAUAUAUAAUGAAUUCAAUUUGUAUGUGUAUUUGAGUUUCUUAAACACGCUGGUGAAGUGAUAGUGAGUGGUGGUGAUAUAAGUGAAGGCUAUUAGUUUGUAAGUGUCUUGGAAACUUAUAAUUUAUGUGUUUUAAGUGUCUGUUGGUUUAGGGAAAUAACACGUAUGUAACCACGAGUUGUGUCGUUGUUGGUGCGACUUUGUUGUGGUUGGCGUGGCUGAAGAAAGGGAAGAAACUGCAAAUUUGUCUUUAUAAAAGAUAAGAUGUGAUAAAGAAGUUCUCAGAGACGUAAAGUGACGUAAAUAAAGUGUUAAGUCGCGUGUGACUGACAAGUGUAUAAAUUACCGUAAUGAAGAUGAUCAAAUGGUCCUGGAGGUAGAUGAUUUACUUAUGACAGUGUAUAAAAACAAUGCCCCUAAAUAAGUGUUAUGACGCUAGUAGUGGUGAAGUGAUGCCUGUUGACUGGUGAGGAAUUUCUUGGGUAAACCUAAUAUGAUGGAGGUGGCGAGGCGAGGGUGGUGGCUGCUGUCUGGCUCAGGGGUGUUGAUGAUGGUGACAGCUGCCUCCGUCAACCCUCACGCAGGAUACAACACACAAGACAUCAAUUUUGGCCGCUUCUUCAAGGCGGCCACACAGACCAGUAAACGCCUGCUGAAGGAGGUGUUUCUGCUGAUGAUCAGCAGGUACCAGGUGAGGGCCGUGGACAAGUGGCCAACCACCGUAGCAGAAUUCUGCGCCGAUAUUCUCUCCUGGUCCAAGAGCAAAUAUCGCAAUGGCUUCAACGAGGAGGAGCGAUCCGUGUUGGAGCAGCCGCUUGCCUCAGCUGACUACGAUGUCUCCCUCCUGACCAAAAUGAUCCACAAGUUGCUGCCAGAGAUGAACUUGCCGGAGUCCUUCUUGAGGGCCUUACGAGAACUCAAGAAUGUCAGGAACAGAGUGUGUCACCAACACCAGCUGCUGGACGACGCCAACCUCAGAGGAAAUUUUGAUGACCUUAAAGUUAUUUUCGAUAAUGUCCUGAGAGAAACAGGAGAGUUCUUCACAGCUGACGUGGCUGACCUGAAGAAUAUGAUCCAACACGAAACUGACGAGAUCUUAUCUUCACCCUUGCCGGCAGAUGCCUCCAAGUAUUUUGAUUUCGUUGAAAAGUUUCGAGUUGACCUUGUGGGCAAGUUUAUCACUUAUGCUCGACCAGAGUUGAUGAAUGAAUACUGCAAGUUGAAGACUCUCAACCCCUUCACGUGGCUGAGUAACGACCAGUUUCCAGAGAUGGUGGUGGGCAAAAUCUUUACUCCUCUUGAUAUUGAGGAUGAUGAAAGGACUGUUGACAUAGAAUCACUUCUCUCGACAGAGUCACUCUGUCCGGAGACACAAGAGGCCUCGGGAAUACUCCCAUCCGCCCUCCUUCUCUCGGGUAUAGCUGGUUGUGGCAAAACAUCGCUGUGUCGCUACUUGCUUCAUGACUGGAGAGCCAGACCCGGUAAGAUCGCUGCCCUCAGGUCCGUCGACGUCAUUCUCCAUAUUGAGGUCAGGAAUAUAACAAGCAGCUCUCUGCUGCCACACUUACAGAACACUUUGUUGAGGGAAACUUGCAAAUUGUUUGAAGAAAAUGACGUCAUUAAAAUCUUGCAACAGAUGAACGUGUUGUAUAUCAUAGAUGGAAUGGACGAGGCGACGGCAGAUGGCAAAAAACUGGUGAACGAGGUGCUGUCAGUUGUUGGUAACGCGAGAGUUAUCAUAACUACACGUCCAGAGUUUACCUGUUACAUCACCCAGGCACUACACAGGUACCGCCUCACCUUCAUCAAACUCCGUAUUCAAGGGUUUUCUGACCAAGGAAUAACAGAGUUUACCUCAAAUGUGUUCGCGGCUCUUGUAAGUGACGAGGAGAAACGUCGCCAGCAAGAGUGUGAGUUUCUGAGGCUGUUGAAGACUACUGGCAGAGGCCUGGGCGACCACCUCAAGCUACCCCUCACCUUGGCCAUGGUCAUCUGCCUCUCGAGGGACGACCAGUCCAGGCUGUCACACGUCACUUCUGCUACAAGUCUAUAUUCCGAGAUAUUCAGGAUGUGCACCAUGAAGAUGAUCUCGAGGCUAGACACAACCACGGGUCUUCAUCCCCUGCAGAUGGAGACCUUCACGGAGGAGUGGCUGCUGGCACUGGGCAAAGAGGCGCUGGAGAUGCUUGAUGAUAAUGAGUUUGUUAUUAGUGAUGACAGACGUAAUGUGUUAAUGUCCCUGUGUGCAGCUAAACACAUUGACAGUAUUCAGGUCCUGUCUGCCUUCCUCAUGUGUGAAGUGAAUGAGAGUAUUAAGGGUACACAGUAUGAGUUCCGUUUUAUACACAAAAGCCAAAUGGAGUAUCUGGCUGCCAUCUAUCUGGUCUAUACUUUAAAUUUAGCUGCUAAUACCAACGGACAAAAAAUAGCGGACAUACUGCAAAAGCUCGGAGCCACGAAAGUGAGUGUGAAGGUAAACAAGUUGUUGGUGGGCGUCCCAGAGUCGAGGGUGUUGUCCUCCAUGAAGGCCUGCAGAUGGAGUAACACUCUUAGCUUUAUUGUCGGCCUCUUGUGUAAGAAUAAGGCCUCGGAUUUUUUGAUUCAUGACGUGGUAAAGAAUAUGUUAGAAAUGCAUUUAGAUUCUUUCAACGCCCCUGCUCUCUGGCAGAUGGUCCAGGAGUCUGGCUGUCAUCCCUUGGUCUGCAAAAUGGUUAGUGGUGCUUCUUACAAAAACUUCGUAUGGCGCCCAAAGCAAAAAGACUUGUGUAAUCCCACCGACCCAAUAUUCCAGCUAUUUAUACACACACGUUUGAAGUUGAAAGCAGCUGUGAUCAGGGUUGUCGGCAGUGAUCAAGAGGUAAACAUCCUGGCAGAAAACGGUCGUGUAGAAAAUAAAAGAUAUGAGAACUUGUCUCUCUUGAUGAGCCUGCUCGCUCAGAGACCCUCCAUGGGGGUGGUGGUGAGGGCGGACCAACACUUCUACUGCUGGGGAAGUCCUCACACCACCGACCACCUAAUAACAACACUUCUGCCAAAAGGCAACUUGACAGCUGUCAUGUGUCAUCUGGGUGAGCGAGGGGCUGCUGCCCUGGCCGCCGUCAAGAAGAUCGGGGAAGUGUGCAUCAGGAUCUCAGAUGUGUCAGCGCUGCGUGCCCUGAGAGACUCGCUGUCCGCCAUCACAGGAAAGUUAGAAGCCUUGACUCUUCGUCUGGAUAUACCGUGGACGGUGUCACCCUCGACACUGCCAACCUUUAAGAAGCCCCUCGACCUCACCAUCGUCUUGAAGGACGUGGACGAUGAUCACGGUGUGUGGGCCGCUGAGGUCAUAGCUCGACUCAGCUCCUUGUACACGGAGGUAGACCUCGUGGCCUCCAGCCUCACACCCUCUGGUGGAGAGACUUUCCUUAAGACUCUCAGGGAGAGGCAGGUGAUGAUCUCUGACAAGCUGACGAUACGUUCCUUCCACAAACUGGAGGAGGGACAGUACCAGAAGAUGGCCCAGAUGGUCCAGUGUUCCUUAUGUUGGUGGUACUGAUGGUCCAGUGUUCCUUAUGUUGGUGGUACUGAUGGUCCAGUGUUUCUUGCUACUGAUGGUCCAGUGUUCCCUGGUACUGAUGGUCUAGUGUUCCUUGGUACUGAUGGUCCAGUGUUCCCUGGUACUGAUAGUCCAGUGUUCCCUGGUACUGAUGGUCUAGUGUUCUUUGGUAGUGAUCUCACUUAUCCUGUUACUUUCGUCACCUUACUCGUAACAAAACCUCCCCGUCACCUCACUCGUAACAACACCGCCGUCACCUCACUCGUAACAAAACCUCCCCGUCACCUCACUUGUAGCAACAGCCCCCAGUCACCUCACUCGUAACAACACCCCCCAGUCACCUCACUCGUAACAACACCCCCCCGUCACCUCCUCUCUU